GCGUGUGAGACCGAAGGAUGAGAUGUGAGAUCGUACGAAAAUUAAAAGUUAGGUUUGUUGCUAUUCUUUGUACUUUGUUCAAAACCAAAAACCGUUACCACUAUGACGGAGAACGCCAGAUCGCGCCGAAAUCGUGCGGCCAAAGACUGCUCCCCAACGCUGGGCAACCUGUACCGGGCCGUGCUACGGCUGGAGAAGAAGAUCGAUUCGCUGGACGACAAGGUGAACCAGCUGCUUGGGAGUUCCUCCACCAACGUUUGUCGUGGGAUGGUUGCCACUCCCAAAGCUACAUUGGAUGACAACAACAACCUCAAACGGUUGGACAAUUGUCCGGCACUGCAGGUUGCGGUGGCAGUUCCUGCACCAAAAGAGGAGCAGUACCAACUGCCGGACGAGAUAUGGGUGGAGAUAUUCCGCCACUUGAGCGACACCCAACUGAUGCCCGUUCGUCUUUGUUGUCACCACUGGAUGAGUCUGGUCGACGGGAGUCCUGUGUUGGCGGGCAAGUUUAUGGUCCGCUUUGGGCCGGGGUUCUUUCCGAAGCAACGGGUCAAGCCCGCCCAUUUGUACCCGAAGGCGUCCCGGGCGUUGAUGCAGGAGAUCGUCUUCAAUCCGGGCAAUUUGUGGUGGCCUGGAUUUGGAAGAAAUUUAGUUUACUUGAAACUUUCGAAGUGUUCUUUGCUGCCUCAAACGCUGUUCGAGAUUUUAAGUGAGACGCCGAAUCUUCGUAGGUUGGAGCUGUGCUCUGGAGGAUACUUUGAUUCCCGACCGUCCAAGGUGACCUUCUGCUUGGAUAAACUGAAAGAACUGGUUCUGCACUACCAGUCGGUGUCGGAAGAAGUGCUGGAAAAGCUGGGCCAAGGAUGUCCCCAUUUGAAGGUCGUCUCCAUCACCAGAAGUAUCUGCCUGGACGAGGAUCAGCUGGGAGCGUUCUUGCAGAAACUGCAGGAUACUUUGGAUACGCUCGAGAUCGACGACAAGGUCGCCCUGAUGGAAGAAAUUCUGAAAUGUAAGCGGCUCAGCCUGAAACGCCUAACGCUGAACUACGAAAACGACUAUUUCAUUAACAACAUCAUGCGGAAGUUGGCCGACAUUAGCAGAACGCAGGGAUCGCUUGAACAUUUGGCUGGCAUUCCGGGAACGGCGAUGACCCUGCGCCAAAUCGGCGCCGAAAAUCCCAAGCUCAAACACCUCCAGGUCCGCAUCCAGCAGUUCGAAUAUCUGGCCCUGGAGUUCCUCGAUGAAACGCCCAACCUGGAACAUCUGGAGCUGGACGGCAGCCGCCUAGUCCGCUAUCUCGCCGACUUCAACGGUAACAAAACAACAGGCGGCCUGCAGCGUUACCUUCACUACGCUCCCAAACUGCGCACCUUCAUUCUGCACGGUUCCAACCGGCACACGGCGUUCCGCAGCUGGGGCGAACUGUUCAACUCGUUCGAAAACAACUCCCAGCUCCGCCGUCUAGAACUCACCACGCUCGAAGUGGCCACCGAGUACAACCGGUUCUCCCACGAGUUUCCAUCGUUGCGCCAGCUGAAACUUGUCAACUGUGACAUCCCAGCAAAGUCACUGGCGAAACUGGUCGGUCUCUGUCCCGCUCUUCGCGAGGUACACCUCAGCAAUAUGAGACACUUUAACGAUCAGGUCGUGCUGGCGGUUUGUCUCAAGCUGACCCAACUCAGGGAGCUGACCGUGGAAAUUUGCCCGGAGAUUACCGAUGCCUCUUCCGGGCACAUCCUGAAGCAUCGUCCCGGGCUGGAGCAGCUGAACGUGUUUCGGUGCUUGAAGUUGUCUCACGAGGCGAUCGAGCAGCUGAGGGCUGCAAACUCGAAUUGGGUUAUUGAGAAGUAAUGUGUUGAUUUUGUAAAUUUGCUCAUUGUUCUGCAAUUUUUUUGUUAAAUACAAUAUUUCAGUGAUCCCCGUGCACCGCGUUCAACCGCGUUCUCUGUUUUCUGUACUCGAUCAAACACCAGCACCGCGUGUGCACGCGUACAAGCAAACCUAAACUCUGCCGUGUACAGGCUGUACCCGUACACGAACCUCAAGUUUAAACCGAACCUUGCACCUCGGGUACAAACCCCGUGCAGGCCGACGACGCAGAAAAGAGACAAAAAUAUUUUCCUCACUCUCCCUCUGCUGUAAAGUGGUGUUUCAUUCUCCGCUGCAGUCACACUACAGUGUUUGCCACAGAGAGAGUGAGAAGCAGUCAUUUUUUUCGUCUCUUUAUACGCUCUUCGCUCGCACGGCGUUGUACCCGAGGUGUGCACCCCGUGUUUACACCGCGUGUAAACUUGAGUACGCCGUGCGGAGAGAAC